UGUAUCAGGUCAUGCAUGGAAUGUCAUCAUGUGAUUCUGAUCACCGGGCCGCGCGUAGUGACGCAGAUGGGAGACUGCAAGUGGAGGUUGCAGAACUCAAGAGGACCCUUCACCAGGCCGAGACAGAGAAAAAGCACGCGCGAGCCCAGGUGGACACGCUCCAGUCCAAACUGGCGGCGUCAUGUUCAGAAAACUGCAAGCUUCGCUACGAGAGCCAGCUCAUCGUGACUGAUCUCAAACGAUGGAUCACUGAGCAAAAACAUCUUCACGAGAAGAAUGACACGCUGAAGGCGGAGGUGACGCGACUUAAAGAAGUGGCGGCAGGCCAGGAGAAAGUGAUGGGAAGCAUCAAGGCCCAACUCAAGGAGCUCUGUGCACUUCAAGAUGAGAAAAUCCUGGAUAAGCAGACUUGUGUGGCUCUGAAUCUGGGCGGACUGGCCGACAUGCAGACCAAACUGCAGCGCAGUCUUGUCAAUCAACAGUUAAACGCUCGGCGGGAGGAGAACAAGCACUUGCGUAGGCAGCUGGAGGAAGAGAGGGGCACGUGCACACAAGUCCCGCCUCCAUCCCCCUCCUUGCCAGUGCCCACCCAGCACUGCAUCUCCAGUCCUCCAUCCCUUCCACCUUGCUCCUCCUCCCAACCUGAAACAAGCGACAAGGGGCAUCGAGGGGAUCAAAAACCCAAGGAGAACUCAGUCCGGUGAGGGAGCCAACCAAAUAAAGCCUGCAGACCACUUUGACCUGCCACAACUUUUCAACCUCCAGCUCCUCACCGGGGAGCAUGCUCAGUACGGGGUUAAUGUCCUGCAGGUCAAAGUCAAGUCCCGGGGUGCUUAUUGCCUGAAGGGAUGAAGGCAGGCAAGGUUCUCCAGAACUGGCGAAUAAUUUCCUUGAAUUGUUUAUCUUCAUCU